AGAGAGAGAGAGAGAGAGAGAGACAGUCUGACAGAAAGGGAGGGGAGAGAGAGGAAUAAGAACAAGCUCACAUACAGAGAGAACAGAGACAGUGUGUAUCUGUGUGUGUGUUUGUGUGUAGCUAUAGACAGCAGUAGAGUGUGGAGCAAAAGGGGCAAGCAGGUAAACGUGAACUUUUGACUAAAGAUGAGAUCGCUCAAACAUCUAAAACCUCAAACCAAGAGAAAUUUGGAGGAGAAGACCCAGCAGCUGGUUCGAUGUUACGCUGAAGCCAUGCACCAGCAGAUGGAUGUGGGGACACAGACAGACCCAGUGGUGGUCUUGUCUCUGGCCCAGGCUGCUGUGUUGGGACUUAUAUCCCAGAACGAGGUCUUCGGUGCCACCAUUGCACCCAACGGCUUUUAUACCGGCGAGCCCAAAGAAUCUCCUGCUCCGUCCAUCGAGCGGAUGGACUACGAGUAUGCUGACCAGCUCAUUGGUGCCAAUGGAGACUACCUGGGUGUGAACCUCGGAGAAGAAGGUCAGGUUCACCCAAGCUGCGCUGAAAGGAGGUGGCAGGGGACACCUGAAAACACAAAGCCUCUUGUAGGGCACCAGAACUCGGGUUCACAUGUCAAAGGUGAGUCCGUGACCCCGGGACUACCUUCCUGCAACCACAUGAUGAGCAUGAUGCCUAGAGAGAGCAUGCAGAUGGUGGACAGCUCUGGUUACCGCCUUGCAUCCAAACCUCACCCCAACAACUGCUGCUCUACCUGUGUCCGGGAACCCAAGAGCACACAUCCACCACCUAACCACCAUGUUCAUAACCACCCCAACACUCACACAUCUAAUGAGGUUCAUUCUCAUGGCAGAAACCAUACACUGGAGAAAAGAGGAAAUGAGGACGUACAAGAGGAAGGGAAUGAUGCAAGGAUGGGUAAGGCCGGCGGUGGAGGGGAAGAGAUCAGCAGCUACUUCCGUGCUAAUGAGGUUGGCUAUGAGGGUGGCGAUAUGGAUGGGGUCGGGGAGUUUGAUGAGAGCAACCAAGGCCUCUUCUGGGGGGAGCCUGUGGAAGGGGAGGCACCGCGGGGGCGCCGCAUUGACCGAUUGGACAUCAACAUUCAGAUCAACGAGUCAUAUUGUGUGGACGUUGGCGAAGGCUUGAAGCGCUGGAAGUGCCGCAUGUGUGAAAAGUCAUACACUUCUAAAUAUAACCUUGUAACACAUAUCUUGGGUCACAAUGGCAUUAAACCCCAUGCCUGCCCACAUUGUGGUAAGCUCUUCAAGCAGCCAAGCCACCUGCAGACACACCUCCUGACGCACCAAGGCACACGGCCGCACAAGUGCACUGUCUGCAAAAAGGGUUUUACUCAGACCAGCCACCUAAAACGCCACAUGUUGCAACACUCAGAUGUCAAGCCCUUCAGCUGUCGCUUCUGUCGCCGAGGCUUCGCCUACCCCAGUGAGCUGCGAGCCCAUGAGGUAAAGCAUGAGCGAGGCCGCUGCCACAUCUGCACGCAGUGCUCCAUGGAGUUCCCCACCUAUGCCCACCUCAAACGCCAUCAGGUCAGCCACCAAGGGCCAGCCACCUUCCAGUGUAGCCACUGCAGUAAGACAUUUGCUUACCGUAGUCAGUUGCAGAACCAUAUGCUGAAGCAUCAGGCCCAACGCUCUUUUUCCUGCAGCCAGUGCGGCCUGCAGUUCCUGCAGCUCCACCAGCUACGUCAGCACUCUCUCACACACAAAGUGCUCAAGCCUCAGGCACGUGCCUCUAAGGGAACAAAAGGCUUCAAGUGUGACGUAUGUGCUCGCGAGUUCACAUUGUCUGCAAACCUGAGGAGGCACAUGCUGAUCCACGCCAGCGUCAGGCCCUUUCAGUGUCACGUCUGCUUCAAGUCCUUCGUCCAGAAGCAGACUCUAAAAACUCACAUGAUCGUCCACCUUCCUGUGAAACCCUUUAAGUGCAAGGUGUGUGGGAAAUCAUUUAACCGAAUGUAUAAUCUUCUGGGUCACAUGCAUCUCCAUGCUGGCAGCAAGCCAUUUAAAUGUGCAUACUGCUCCAGCCGAUUCAACCUGAAGGGAAACCUCAGUCGACACAUGAAGGUCAAACAUGGCAUGGAUGUAUCCCCAGAGGGACAAGAUGCUCCUCCAGAUCUGGAACCUCAUGAGGAUUAUGAAGAGGAUAACUUUAACUUCGCUGCCCCUGAAAAUAUGGAUGCUAACGAUGCGCCUAAUCUCACCAAGCUCUCUGAGGUUGCUAUACAGGAGCUGGACUAUUAUAACUUUGGAAAGGAUGUGGGCAACUACAACACAGCAUGAGCCCUAUGAAUAAGACUAAAGCUGAAAUACCGUUGAGUAUCCAUUGAACUAAUUCGGCACUUAUCAGCCAUAUGCCGGUCAUUACGUAUGUCCAUGAGAACCAAGACUUCUCUAUUAUUACUGAUGGACAGAUGGCCAUCUUGGUUUCACUCAUGUUGUAACUAUUCUGAUCCUGUUUCCUAAGAACCACUAAAUUUGCUAAGAGUCUUUUGAACAGUUGUAAGUUUACCCUGUGCUGCGGUGUGGCGUUUCUGCAGUACGUUAUUAAUUAAAGGUCCACUCAGCAUUUUCAUGACCAAAAAUUAACAACAUGCAUAUAUAAAAGUGAUUACUUACAGUCUUUAUAUAAUGUACACUGACAUGAGGUGAAGGGUUAAAUUUCUUUGUUGACUAUAAGAUGGUGCAGUGGGUAGCGUUGCCACCUCACACCUCCAGGGUCCCUGAUUCGAUCCUGAGUUCGGGUUACUGUCGGUGCAGAGUUCCUGUGCAUGUUCUCCCUCCCAAAAACAUGACUCUAGGUGGAACGGCUGUGCUAAAUUGCCCCUAGGUGUGAAUGUGUGUGUAAAUGUGUGUGUGCAGUUUGCCUGUGAUGGAUUGGCAUUACCAUCAAGGGUGUAGCCCUACCUCGUACCCAGUGUUGAUUGAGGCAGUUUAUUGUACGUAGCCCAAGUUUCCUUGCCAUGGUUAAGAUCAUGUGUCCACAAAGCCUAAGUGUGGGUGAAGAUGCCAUCAAAGAUGUUUUGCACCCUCAUUGAGUGCAGUUGUGCAGUUUUAGAUGUCGGAAGCCCUGUGAUCAUCCUCCAGGUCUGCACUCUGGGGAUGUCGGACUGCAGCCAAUGAGGGCAUAAAUUCAGACCAUACAAAGCAAUUUAAUUAUUCAUCUCAUGCAAGUGUAUGUAAUGUAGGGAAAAAAAAAUAAAGAUCAUAAAUAAAGAGUGCUAUAUACACACCAGUGACAAAUUUAAGGAAAUAACACUGUAAAGUGUGUUAGUAAGGUUUUAGGCCACCAUGAGCCACCAGAACAGUUUCAGUGUGCCUUGGGAUAAAAGUCUCUGGAACUGUACUAGAGAUGAACACCAUUCUUCCAAAAGAUGUGCUCUCGGUUGGUGUUUCGACGAUGGUAGUACAGAGCCCCGUCCAACAGGUCGCUUCAGAAUCUCCCAUUGUCUGGUGACUACAAUGGCCAUAGCAUGACUUACAAUACUUUCAUCCUCAUCAAAUCAUUUAGUGAGCCCUCGUGCCCUGUGGAUGGGGGUGGGGUCAUCCCGGGAUAGAAUAGUUUCAUCAUAAGCAAAAGAUGAUCAGACAGAAGAACUUUGUACUGAUUUGCAGUGACUGUCCACUGUAUGGGGACAAAUGGACUCAUGUCAUGUAAGCAAAAAUAAAUGCCCCCGAUAUCCACUGUUUUUUCUUUUAAUUUGUGACCCAUCUGUGUAUUUAUCUGUUUUUGAUCACUGACUGGACCUUUAAAAACAGCCUAACUAAUAUCACUUAAGUUUCUUUGCCUCUACUUACUGUUGUUUAUAUAUGAGGGAACGUAAAAGCGUGCCCAUUAUAUUUGUGCUCAGUGGAGCAGUGUACUAGUGAGUGUACAUACAUGAGAGUGUGUGUUUGGGCCCCAUUACCAAAGUCACUGCAUGACCAUCCACCCUUAGGCACCACUACAAUGUCCAGAAAUCAAUACCUUCACCAACAACCAGUUAUUUGUAGAGAAUAAUUGUUCCCGUAUAUUAGUUUGAUAUUUAUUUUGCACCUUUUGAUUAAAAAUGCAUUUAAUAUCUUUUGAGGAGAAACCUGGUUUAUCACUGACAGUUAAAGCUCUUGUCUAAUCUUCAUCUCAUAGAAGAUAGAUAGGGCAACAUUGCCAGUUGUGUUAGUUUCUUUAAAUAAAGCAUUUUCAAAGUGAA